AGUUGAUUUGUUUAAACGCGACGAUAUGAUCAAAUCCGGUACCAACUUCAUGGCAUGCACAGGUACAGACUCCCAGACUCAUAUCUGAUUGGAGCUUUGAUCAACCAGUGGAUCUUAACACAAUACCAGCACAUAUAAAAUUUGUAGUUUCAAUUUCUGAACAUAAUUAAUUGUAGGCUGUGUAUUCAUACCCCUUAACUCGAGUGAAGAGUUUGCACAGCAGACUUCGACAAUGGCUUCUGAAAAGACAAGAGCAGAACUCAACUACGAAGCCCGUGUUGACAUUGCGACAGCCUACCGAGCUUGUAAUUACUACGAUCUCGAUUAUGGUAUCUUCAAUCAUAUAACGCAGAGGGCGCCUGCCAGAGACCGAGAAGGAGAUGUAAUGCUUGUAGUUCCACAUGGCUUACUCUGGAAUGAGGUUACUGCAUCUUGUAUGAUCGGUGUUGACUUUGAGACUGGAAAGGUAGUUGAAGGAGAAGGUGAAAUAGCGAAAACAGCAAACGCUAUUCACCGUGCUAUUCAUAAAAUACGCUAUCCCAUUGACGGUACAGUCAGUAUUAUGCACACACACCAACCAUAUACUACCUGUUUAGCUUGUGUUGAUGAUCCAGAACCUUUCAAGUUUAGGCUUACUCAGGGCAGCAUGUUUAUGUAUGGCAAGAUGGAAUUUGAUUACAAUUACACUGGCGUCGCUCACGCAGAUGAAGAAGGAUACAGAUUAGCAAAGGUUCUGGGUGACAAAAGCAUUUUGAUGAUGGGUAAUCAUGGAGUACUUACAGUUGGUAAGAGCGCACGUAAUGCCUUCACACUUCUGUAUACGCUGGAAAAGGCCUCCAAAAUACAGGUGCUGGCACAAUCUACGGGGAUGAAAUUGCUACAAGCACCGGAGAAAGUAGCCAAGGAAGUUGCCUCAUGUCCCUUUGGUGAUGAUGUUAAUCUUUUUUUCAACGCUUUGAAAAGGCAAAUGACGCAACCAUGCGUGACUGCCUAGAUGUGAUGGCACCACAAGUUGGAAGACAUAAAAAACAGUGCAAGUCGGAUUUGGUUUCAUUACCUACAGGCGAAACGAACAGCUAAACUUUGCUAACAACAUGAAAGUUUACUAUCUAUACCCCAUUACAUGUAUAGGGCAAACUAAUAUUGUAUUAUGAUCUAUUGGCUCAUCGAAUAUUGCAAACAUUCAAUUAGGUUUUUUCAACUGACAAGGAAUGGAUAGAAUAUUGAUUAAAUCUCAUUUAAUGUGAUCCGAGUCCUGACCCAUAGGAUUGUUUCUACCCCCUCCCCCCCCCCCCCCUUCAAAAAGGAUCCUAAAUAGUGUAUCAGUUGUUGUAAGUCAGUGUAUUGUAAUCUGAAUCAUUUUUUCCAAUAUGUUGCCAAUAUGACACUUGAUAUGAGUUAUGUAUUAAACACGUGUUUGAAAAAGUAAAAAUCCUAUUAGGGGGGGGGGUGGAUAUAUCCAUUGACCUAUCCGAGAUGUAUUGGAUAUAUAAAUUAUGUGUACAAACAAAAUCCCCUUCAUGUCCUGAGCACCGCUCAACUGUAUAACUGUUGAAAUUAUUGUAAUUCCACAUGUUCAGGCGGAAUAAAAUCUCGUUUCACAUGAUAAUGAAGAGAAAAUUAGAAUUUUUCAUAUCUCUUACAAUAAAAUCAAGAGAAAUAGUGAGUGGGUCUGCUCAUUUGCAUACCGACCAGGCUGUUGAGGUGUAUAAGCAUAUUCAUAUUUUAAAGAAAUUAUAUACUAUGCAUAUCUUAAUUUUAGACAUGGUCUUGUCAAUGUAUCAAUUUUCAGCGGUCUUGUGAGCAAUCAAAAUGUAGUGAAAAAUGGAAAUAUGUAUGUAGAAAUCAUUGGUAUCAGUGUUGACUGGUAAUCUUUCUCUCGCUUUUGAUAUCUGGUAAUUUCUUUUUCGUUCUAAUUUCAUGCUCUAACUUCAAAAUAAAAAUUCACAAAUAUGAUUAAAAUAAUCAAAGUUGAUUAUCAAAUGAAUAUAAUUCCCAAGGAUACCUAUUUGUUUCUAAUAAUAUGUUUACAUACAUUUUGUGCCUGUACAUAUUGUUUAUUACUACAUUAUAUCUUGUUCAUUAAUUGCCUAUUAUUUUCAUUAUUGAUAUUAUUUGUUAAUCUCUUUGUUAACGGGGCCAGGUGGGUGUUUCAUAAAGUUGUUCGUAAGUUAAGAGCGACUUUAAGAACGACUGGUGAUCCUUUCUUGUGGUGAAUGGUAUACACCAAAAUGUUCAUUGGCGAUGGUUUAACGCAUAAGGAUCUCCAGUCGUUCUUAAAGUCGCCCUUAACUUACGAACAGCUUUAUGAAAAGGGCACCAGAUGGAAGACCGCAAAAUUGGUGAUAUGCGCCACCCUGUAUAAAUAUCAGAAAUAAAUAAACAAAUAAAUGAAUAAAUUAUGUACAGAUUAUCAACAUCAAUAUUUCAGUAAUUUUUCAUCGUAGGCUAAUUUGUCAUCUAACCCCCACCCCCGUUCAAUUAAUUAAUUGAAUUCCUCAAACGUACCUCUUAACAUCAAUUCUCAUGAAAAUAUUUUGAUUAAUUAGUGUCUAUUCUUUGUAAAUCACACAAGGAAAAUAUCAACAUAUUUUAAUUAUCCAUACUUUUAAUAUAAUACGAAAAUAAUUCCAUACAUUACAUUGACACUUUGACAGUAUAGUGAUUGAUCCAAGUGUAUGCCCUCGUUUUACAUCUUUACAGUAAGAAAAAAUUGUGUGAUAUAUAUUUCAUUUGUUACAAGUUUUGUAUGGUUUAUCAUUUAUUUUCAUUAUCAUAAGAUGUACUUACAUCGUCCCCCUUUAGCAUUGUUUGAUUGGUCAAUCAACUUAAUUGUUCGAUUCAUAAAUUAAAAAAUAUAAAAAAAUAAAGAUCAUUAACGUAUUCCAUUAUUUCAGGUCUAGGGAUUUCUACUGGUAUUGUAGUUAAAUAAAAUAAAUUGUAUGAUCUUUGUAUGAAAUGUCCACGAUUUCAUAUAAACUCAUAUUAUGUACAAAUGAUCAUAAACAAGCUUGUUUCUCUAUUCUUAUUUUCACUGUGUUAUAGGGGAAGGCGGGGUAAGUUAGCAUAGGGGCAAGUUGAGCCACCACCCCAAGGCCAAUAAUGAAUGAGUCAGACAUUGUGGUGGUGUCAUGUAUUGAUGACCCAUUACAUAACCCUUAACCCCACCACAUUGUUUUCAACUUUGAAACAAAAAGAAAAAUUUUUGAGGGAAAAAUACAAAUUUCAGCCAAAAAAGUAAAAAAGGGUGUGAAAUACAUAAGUGCUUUGUACACGCACACGUCUUUAAAUAUAAUAAAGAAAUAAGAACAA